AUAGAUACUAAUAUAGACAUUCGCAUGUAAAUUUAAGACGCUUAUUUCGUUCAUAAUUUUUGACUUGAACAGAAUGAGAGUAUCUAUCAUAUUGUCGACACUGUUGUUGAGUCAGGCAUCAAUUGCUUUUGGUACGUAUACCGUACCCAUUCUAAGUAAUGGGGAAUUUUUAUGCAAUGGAGCUAUAAUCCACAACGCAUACAUUGUGACGACAGCCAGAUGUGUUGCUGGAGCAAAACAAAGCCAACUAAUUGUUAGAGCCGGAGCGGAAGACUGCAACAAAGGCGAUGGAGUAAAGACUGAAGUUUCCAAAAUUAUUACACACAAAAAGUUCAACGAAUCAAGCCAUGAAUACGACAUAGCCAUUUUGAAGCUCAAAGGAUGUCUAGCUAUUUCCACUUCAAAUAUCGACGUGAUACCCAUAUCAGAGAAACGUACGUCCGAUGAAAAAUGUUUAUUAACUGGAUGGAUAUAUAGCAAGAGUGUUCCUGUCCAUGGGUCAUUACAGUUGAAAUCAGUUAACGUUUAUCGUAGAUCAGAAUGCGAACGAGUGGCUGAAGUAAAUAUAACCAAACGAAUGUUCUGUGCGGCUGGAAUAGCUAACGAGAAAUGCAUUGACUUUGCCACCGGAAGUCCAUUAGUUGUUCAAGGAAAGCUCGUUGGAAUUAAGUGCUUUGGUUUUCAAUGCAAUCAGAAUCGACCAGACGUUUUCACUAAUGUUGCUGUGUUUGGUAAAUUCAUUCGAAAAGUUAUUAAACGGCUGUCUUAGUGUAGUUUGGUAUUUCUUGAGCGACUUUCAUUGUCGCUAACAUAGUACGAUCAUCAAAGAGAUGAUUCUCCUGAUUCGGUUGAAUGAAAGGCAAGACUUAGUACAAAAGACUUUGGUUUUUAAAUAUAUUUUCAACCAAAUAAUAAUCCUUAA